AAGUACAACUAAGAUAGGAAGACAAGAGAUCCAACAUAUCACACACAACACUCCCUCUUUCAACUAACAUUACUUCCACACUCUCUCUCCGACCAAAAUGCCGAUUAACGCGGAAUCUACGCCGCCGCCGGUCAUCGGAAAAAUCGGUCCUUACACUGUUUUCAUGACGCCGCCGUCGACACCAAAACCCUCCGAAGACCCCUCUACCGCCACCAAGAUCGCCCCUCCGCCGCCUCAGAUUCCUAAAACCGUUCCUUCCCCCAAACCCGUGUCCGGUUCCGACGAUUCCCUUUUUGGCAUCUUCAGAAAUGCCGUUACCAAGGUUCAAACCGCUCACUCAAGUUUGGAUGACCAUGUGGCACGUUGGUUUGGAUUAAAUCAGUCAAAAUAUCAGUGGGCUCUUGAUGAUUAUUAUGAGAGCAAGGGAAUGGAAAAAGGAGACAUCAAAAUGAAAGAGGUAUCGAGCAAACUACAGAAUGUCUGACAUGCCUAGAGUCGGUGGAUUAUUUCAAAGUGAGGUGUGAAGACACUUACUUUGAGUAUAUUUAUACCUUUGUAUUUACAUGUGGAGUAGAAUGAAUGGGUCUGAUAUAUCAAAGUUAUUCGAUCAAGAUCCAUUGAUAUGAUUCAAUGGUUAUUUUCCAACUGCUGCCAGUUGAGUCUGAUUGGACAGUCUCUGCUACCUGUAAUCUAAUUACCAAGUUAUUUUCUGGGGCAAAUGUUUUGUUUUUGUGUUGUCGUCUGGGUCAUGUUUUUGGGCUUCUCUUGAUGGCAGGGUUGUCUCGUAAGCAUUUUAUUUGCCCUGUUUUGGAGUAAACUCUGCGAAAACCCUAUGCAAGCAUACUGAUUAUUAGAUAUUGAAAAGAAAAACCAUUAGUUAUCC